ACUUGUUCGAGUCUCUCCCGGUGAAACGCCUCUGAUCGCAGUCUCCACUCUGCAGUUGCAGGCUGCACCGUUGGAAGCUGUUCGCCACAGGCUGUGGAUGAGGACGGAGGUCCGCGCGAACACAAGCUGCCCAGAAAACCAAUCAACAAAAAGAAGUUUGAAGUUGAGUUGAUGUUUCAUUUGGGAACACUUCCCUCAACAUGAGGGUCCGUAUCUGACUUUAGAUAUUGAACACAGGCUGCCUGUUGCUACAAGUUCAAUAUCCACUUGCCAGCGUUUCGGCGAACAGAACUGGGCGCAAUUACGCAUGGCGAGUACCAUGGCACCGAUUUUGGAUAGACGUGCUCCGGCUCUGCUCUUGGUUUGGAGCUACUGCGUCUUGGCGGAUACCGCUUUUACGAACUUUACUUUGGACAACGAGUUCCACUCCAGUUUCAUCCACCGUCGGCUGAAGAGCCAGGAGCGCAGAGAGAUGCAGCGGGAGAUCCUGUCGAUCCUGGGGCUGCCGCACCGGCCGCGACCCCACCUCCACGGAAAGCACAACGCUGCCCCGAUGUUUAUGUUGGACUUGUACAACGCCAUGUCCACAGAGGGGGACGAGGACAGAUACUCUUACCCCUACAAGCCCGUCUUCACCACCCAGGGGCCCCCAAUAGCCAGCCUGCAAGACAACAACUUCUUGAACGACGCAGACAUGGUCAUGAGCUUUGUCAAUUUGGUGGAGCACGAUAAGGAGUUCCUACCAGUGCGCCGGCAUCACCGAGAGUUCAGAUUUGACCUAUCCCGGAUCCCGGAGGGAGAGGCUGUCACUGCUGCAGAAUUUCGUAUUUAUAAAGACUUCAUUCACGAACGGUUCGAUAAUGAAACCUUCCGCAUCAGCGUCUACCAGGUGUUGGAGGAACACUCUGAUAGGGAGUCAGACCUGUUUCUGCUGGACUCUCGGGUGAUCUGGGCAGCAGAGGAGGGCUGGUUGGUGUUUGACUUGACAGCCACCAGUAACCACUGGGUCCUGAACCCUGGCAGGAACCUGGGUCUACAGCUUGCCCUGGAGAGCACAAAUGGGGAGAGCAUCAAUCCUCGUGUGGCCGGGCUGAUUGGUCGCAGUGGGCCUCAGAAUAAACAACCCUUCAUGGUGGCCUUCUUUAAAGCCACUGAGGUACACCUGCGUAGCAUCCGCUCAGCACAAGGGGGGGCCAAACAGCGUAAUCCCAACCGCUCCAAAGGGACAAAGAACCAAGAGGCACUGAGAGUGGCCAAUGUUGCAGAAAACAGCAGUACUGAUCAGAAGCAGGCCUGUAAGAAGCACGAGCUCUACGUCAGUUUCAGAGACUUGGGAUGGCAGGACUGGAUCAUCGCUCCAGAAGGAUAUGCGGCGUACUAUUGCGAGGGAGAGUGUGCCUUCCCGUUGAACUCCUACAUGAACGCCACAAACCAUGCCAUUGUGCAAACCCUUGUUCAUUUUAUUAACCCGGAGACGGUUCCUAAGCCUUGCUGUGCUCCGACACAGCUCCACGCCAUCUCAGUGCUCUACUUCGAUGACAGCUCCAACGUCAUCCUCAAGAAAUACCGCAACAUGGUGGUCAGAGCUUGUGGCUGCCACUAGACUGUCUUUACAUAGAGACACACACAUAAUGCACACACUCAUGAGUAGAAAGGGCUUCUUUCUGCUGUCAGGCAGCAUUUGAAACAUUGAGAAUGGAGUACAAAAUGUACUACAUGUAUUUUAUGAACGUUCUGAGAGGUCAAGACAGUCUUCCGUAUGAAAGAUACUCUUGUUACAUUUUGUCCUGUCCUGAAGUAAACCCAAUGUUGUGUGGCUCAACGGGGAUUUCAAUCCAUUUUAGACUCCUCGCCACAAGUGCACACACACACACACACACACACACACACACACACACACACACA